CCACAAGGCAUGUGUGUUUUGUUGUCGAUUUUGUCCGGUUUUGCAAAGAAUCGUGGGUUGCAUGUGAUUUUUUGAUAAAAAUUAAUACAAUGCCUUCUGCGAAAGAUAGCGAAGGAGCUGAGCUCUUGUUUACUAACGCGUAUAAGGAUUUUCAAAGCUCAAUCAAGCAUCCAGAGGCCUUUUUAAGUGCGCAACCAAAAAAGGAAGAAAAACUGAAGAAAGUCACAAAAUGUCUCUACGAUUUGAGUGUGAGCCUCCACGAUUCCGCCCAAAUAAGCCCAAACGUUCUCCCGGAAUUGAUCCUGGACAGCAUGGACGAGGAGCAGAUUUGGCAGCAGCUGGAGCUUAGAAAUAAUCAAAUGAUGACAAAAUUCCUAGCGGAAAUGUCCCGCCUCCUAUCUUUAAACAAAAACGCUUUGUCCUUCAAAUGUCGCUUGGCGGGCGAUGGUGACUCUCAGAACGAUCUUGAGGUCACCUCUGAACUGGAGGAGGACGUGGACGAUGAAUUACAAGACGAAGAUGAGGAGUACGACUCGGGAUCGCUGCACGAGGAGAAAAGUCCUCCCAAAAAGCAGUCAAGGGAGAAGAAGCAAAAGAAAUCCGGCAGAAAAUCGGUGGUGGAUGACCAAUUUUUCAAGCUGAGCGAAAUGGAAGAGUUUCUGAAGGCAGAGGAUGAGAAAGAGAUGCGGAAACAGAAAAGUAAGCCAGGAAGGAGCGAGGAGGAUGUGGAAGAGAUUGACUAUUUCAAAAGUGAAGAAAGCGAAGAGGACGAUGAGGAGGAAGAGGACUUCAAAUAUGGAGACUUCUUUGAUGGCGACGAGGAGGAAGCUUCUGGUGAGGAGCAAUCGCCAGCGAAAUCAAGAAAAAGGAGACGAGAUGAAGAGGAGGAUGAAGACGAAGAAGAGCAAGAGGAUGAGGAACAGGAAGAAUUAGUUGGUGAAGAAGAGGAGGACGAUCAGAGCGAAGUGAACGACGAGGACGUAGAUGAGCCACCUGAAGAAGACGACGGUGACGAUGACGAUUCCGAACAAGACGACAACAAAGAUGCUAAACCAAAAUCAUCAUUUGAGGAACGUCAAGAUCGCCUCCGGCAACGCAUCAAAGAACAAGAAGAGGCUGUUCUCGGCGAGAAGCCGUGGCAACUUAAAGGUGAAAUCACAGCCACAGGUCGGCCACAGAACUCACUUCUCGAAGAAAUCCUCGAAUUCGACUCGACAACACGCCCGGCACCCGUAAUCACAGAAGAAACCACUCUAAGACUUGAAGACAUAAUCCGGCAACGCAUCAAAGACAAAGCCUGGGACGAUGUCGAACGGAAAUACAAACCAGUUCAAACUCCUCAGGAACUCCGCAAGAAACUCGUCCUCGACCAGGAAAAAAGCAAAGAAUCGCUAGCCCAAAUCUACGAGAAAGAAUACCGAAAUCAAAUGGAGAAACUGAAUCCAAACGAAGCGGACGGCAACGACGAGGAACCAGAGAGUCACAAGGAGAUCCGAAAACUAAUGAAAUCUCUUUUCGUCAAACUUGAUGCGCUCUCCAACUUCCACUACACACCAAAGCCAGCCGUUCCGGAGGUGCGUAUAGUGACAAACACGCCAGCUGUCGAGGUUGAAGAAGUAGCUCCGGUCGCUGUCAGCACAGCCAAACUGCUGGCGCCGGAAGAAGUGCGCGCCCAUGCCAAGGGUGAUGUGCUGGGUAAAACCGAGCGGACACGUACCGAUAAAAACCGCGAACGACGCAAGAAAAAGAUCAAACAAAAACUCAUGGCCAAGGCGGCCGAGGAGAAGUUGCAGGCUAAACAGAAGGCGGGUCAGUCACUUUCCAAUAAGGAGGAGAAGAAGAAGUUGCUGAAGAGUGUGAUGAAGCACAGAAAUGUGCAACAGAUGACGACGAGCACAACGGACACCGGCGCAAUUAAGUCAUCGAAGGCGUUCUUCUCGCAACUGCAGGACGCUGUCUCUACCGGCAAAGAUGCUAAGGUGAAGAAGAAAGCGCCGAAAGAGCAGGUUUCGGCCAAACGCUUGAAGUUGUAGUUGUGUACAUAUAGCGACAGUGCAAAUUUUAGGCUAAUGAAGUUUUUAUU